AGGAAGAAGGCGUGACUACAGAAGCACAACAAUAUUGAACAGCACCCAUGUCUCUCUCUCUCUCACACACACACACUGCUAGUUUGAAUGCACAGGAUCUGAUAAUAAAGGAAACCGCAGAUGCAUGCUAGAAGAAGUUUGCUGGAGAUCUGCUGAUGCUAAUAGUCGAGGAUCAACAACAACAACAAACCACUCGAGCUCGUCAACUAGGAAAUGCGCUUCGCGUUAACCAUGACUGCAUGCUAGUCUGCCAGGACUACGUCUUUUGGACGGAUAAUAAAAAUACAUGCAAUACAGAUCGCAUCGUUUUAUUCGCCAAGAAGCAAAGCAAGCGCGUGGACGAGUCGGAAACUCGCGCGCGCCAUUGAAAACAAAUUCAGGACGAUCUGAGGCUGUUCGACACGCGUGCCUCCUGCACUACUGGUCCUCCACCCAGCAGCAGGUGUGGCUCGUUCCUACGACGUCACAAAUGCGACCAUGGGAAGUAGCAGUGAGUAGGCGGCCAACAACAGCCCCCUUAAACCAGAGGAGGCUCGUCGGGGAGCCCUGCAUCACCCCUCUGCACCUCAGGAGAAGUCCUCCAGUGCGCCAUCAGUGGGGCCAGCGAGAUCGACCUGCGCUUCACACUUCCCUUCACCAGGAUGAGAACUUCCACCACGCAGUCUUCUCCCAGCAUCAGCAGGUUCCUUUAGAUGAGUCCAGGCAGUACAGCCAUAGCGGUGCCGCUCCACGCAUGCUGCACACUGCCAACCAGCCUCCUCAACAGAACUCCAUCAUGGUGGAUCUACACGAGCAGAUGCAUCAAGGAUCAGUUCCGAUCUCUUACACUGUUACCACGGUGACGACCCACGGGUUUCCCAUCCACACCGGGCAACCAAUCCCAGCCUGCAAUGCUCAGCAGCUCCCAGCAUGCUCGGUAAUGUUCAGCGGACAGCUCUCUCUGCUCUGCUGCCUUCCUCCUCCACUCAUUCAGGCCUGCACCAUGCAGCAUCUGCCGGUGUCCUAUCAGGCUUUCCCUCCGCUGAUCUCCAGUGAGCAUUUCAUCCUGCACCCCAGUCCUGCAGUGGCGCCGCACCAGCCUCCACCUCACCCUCCUCAUCCUCCUCCUCAUCUGCCGCCGAUCAACCAGUUCGUCCCCAUUCAGCCGCAGCACCCGCGCAUGCCUCUGCAGAGGGUGGAGAAUGAAGUGGAUCUGCGAGGAGACCAGCAUCCGUUAGGAACGUUCUCUUAUCCUCCAGCCCAUCAUCCACCAGCACUGACGCCCUCCGUCCCCCUGCAGUACCUCCCGCAGGAGACCCUCCACCAGGAGCUGCCCUACCCAGUGCCAUAUCCACACAUGCUGCCGAGGCGUAUAACGGGACAGAGGUAUCGGUUACAGCAGCCUCUGCCUCCGCCGCCGCCUCCACCGCCGUAUUACCCCGGCUUCCUACCAUACUUCCUCUCGAUGCUUCCUGUGCCUCCAACUGCUGUGGGUCCUGCUAUCAGUCUGGAUCUGGAUGUAGACGAUGUGGAGAUGGAGAACUAUGAGGCGUUAUUAAACCUUGCUGAGAGACUCGGAGAAGCCAAACCUCGAGGACUGACGAAAGCUGAUAUAGAGCAACUCCCGUCCUACAGGUUUAAUUUAGAAAACCACCAGUCUGAACAAACUCUGUGUGUUGUAUGCUUUAGUGAUUUCGAGUCAAGGCAGCUACUUCGAGUAUUACCCUGCAACCACGAAUUUCAUGCGAAGUGUGUGGACAAGUGGUUAAAGACCAAUCGAACCUGUCCGAUCUGUCGAGCCGACGCAUCUGAAGUUCACCGCGAUGUGGAAUGACGUUCAGGUUUCUGUCCUUCACUGGAAAGCAGCACAAACCCAGGAGUGUGUUCUGUAAGCGGAGACGCCUGAUCUCCAGCCAAACGCCAAUCUGCCCCCAAUCCCCGCUCCCAAACCCAACCUCAACAAUAAGCAAUCUUGGAUCCGUACGGAAUCUGUUCGACCUCCGCUGUGUGAGUUUUUCACGAAACGCUACUGCCGC